CGAACUUGCUAAACAUUUUAUAACUCCUGAAUUGAUGCGAUGGCCCCGUAUUCAAGAAUUAUACGGAACUGCAUUAAGACAAACUCCUGUCUUUGCACUGGGUGAUGAAGCUGGUGAAAAGCGUUGGCAAGAAUUACAUAAACGUGUGAUCGAGCAUAAUAUUCGUGUGGUUGCCAAAUAUUACACACGUAUCAAGACAAAAAGGUUGACACAAUUGCUAGAUCUUAACGAAGAGGAUACUGAAGAAUUUCUUUCAAAGCUCGUUGUUUCAAAGACUAUUUAUGCCAAAAUUGACCGGCCUGCAGGAAUAGUUUCUUUUGCUUCUCCCAAAGAUGCAAACCAAGUGCUUAACGACUGGUCAAAUAAUAUUAAUUCAUUGUUAGCUUUAAUCGAAAAGACAUGCCAUUUAAUUACAAAAGAAGAAAUGUUACAUAGCAUUGCUAGAGUGAAGUAA